GCAAUUAGUAAAAUGAACGUCCUAAAAAAAUUUGUUAUAUUCCUGACUCUGGUAAAUUAUAUCGUAUGCGAUGAUAGUGUGAGCGAAUUUACAAAGUAUGUUGAAGAUGAAUUGGAGAAAAUCAGCAAAUUUCAGUUACCUACUGAUAACAGAAAAUUAUUUUCCAAUCUCACGUGCCGCUCAAAAGUUAAGAAUUACGGCACCUUCGAUUUCAUAAUAAUAGGAGCCGGCUCGGCCGGUGCCGUUUUAGCCAACAGACUAUCCGAAAUAUCCCAAUGGAAAAUCCUCCUGCUCGAAGCCGGAGGAGAAUUAACCGAUUUCAGCGAUGUACCGGCUUUCAACAACUACUUACAACAAACCGACAUGAACUGGGGCUACUUGACCUCAUCGCAAACCACCUGCUGCCAAGGUAUGAAAAACAACCAAUGUCCUUACCCUCGUGGAAAAGUCCUCGGAGGGACCAGCACACUCAACGGCGCCAUCUACGCCCGGGGAUCCCCCGAUGAUUACAACGAAUGGGCGAAUUUAGGCAACCCGGGAUGGUCCUUCAAGGAGGUGCUACCUUACUUCAAGAAAUCCGAACACGUAGCUUUAAAAUCGUACGAUAAAGAUUAUCACGGAACCAACGGUCCUUUAUACGUCAACCAAACUUCCCCACCAUCGGUAAUAUCCGAAGCUUUCUUGGCGGCUAACUUAGAAAAAGGCCUCAAAGAAAUAGAUUACAACGGAAAACACCAAACCGGCGUAUCCAGACUGCAAUUCAACAUCAAAAACAACAAGCACUUGAACAGCGCUCGAGCAUUUUUAGACACGAUUAAACGCAAGAACCUCGACGUAGCCCUCCGAGCCACCGUCGAAGAGAUCCUCAUCCAAAACCGCCGAGCCAAAGGCGUGAAAUUCGUCCAAAACGGCGUCAGAUACCGAGCCAACGCCGCCAAAGAAGUCAUAGUAUCAGCAGGCGCGAUAAACUCGCCGCAAUUGCUGAUACUCUCCGGCAUCGGACCCGCCGAGCACCUCCGAAAAUUAGGAAUACCAGUCAAAGCGGACCUCCCAGUCGGCGAGAACCUCCAGGACCACCCGCUGUUCGUCAACAUGUACUUCAGAACCAACAUUUCAUCGCCGAACCACACCAUGCAGCAAAACAUCGAGAGGUACUUCGACGGGCUGACGCCUCUAACCAACGGCGCCGGCUUGGAGCAGCUCGCCUUCCUCGACUUCGCCAACGACCCGUCGUCGCCCAAGGCCGACGUGGAGCUCAUCACGUUCGCGCCGCCCUUCAGCGUGCCCGCCAACCCCCAAGGCGCCUACAACCUCAAGGACCGCUUCGCCGAGCCCUACUCCAAAUACAACACUCUCACCGACAUCAGCGUGAUCAUCUCGCUGAUGAAGCCCAAGUCGCGCGGCCGCGUCACCCUCAAGUCCAACAGCAUGCUCGACUUCCCGCAGAUCGACAUCAACUACUUCUCGGACGAGGCGGGCGAGGAUAUCGAGAUGAUGUACCGGGGCGUCCGGUACGUGUUGGGCUUGGAGGAGACGGAGGCGUUCAGGAGGAUCGGCGCUCGGUACGUGGCCGAGCAGCCCGGCUGCGAGUCGCUGAAGGCCGACGAGAGGGAGUUCUGGUACUGCGCUAUCAGGAACAUGGCGGCCACGGAGUACCAUCCCUGCUGCACCACCAAAAUGGGGCCGUCGCCGGCGGAUUCUGUGGUGGAUUCCGUCGCUGUGGUGCACGGUUUCGAUAAUUUGAGGGUCGUCGAUGCCGGCGUUAUUCCUGUGAUUACCAGCGGGCAUCUGAACGCUGCUGUCUAUAUGAUUGCUGAAAAGAUAUCGGAUGUCAUCAAACAGAAAUACAAUAAAUAAUUUACAAGUUG